AUGACCAUGUUCAAGGAGACGGUGACGUUCAAGGACGUGGCCGUGGUCUUCACGGAGGAGGAGCUGGGGCUGCUGGACCCCGCCCAGAGGAAGCUGUACGGAGACGUGAUGCUGGAGAACUUCAGGAAUCUGAUUUCUGUGGGAGGAAAGAUCCAAAGUAAGAUGAAGACUGUUAUAGAAGCAGAACCACCUGAAGAGCUUUCCUGCUGGCGUAUCUGGCAACAGAUUGCAAGUGACUUAACCAGGUGUCAGGGCUCCAUGAUAAAGAGUUCUCAGCUCCCCAAACAAGGUGAUUCACCUGGACAGGUUGGAGCAGGACAGUCUGUAACUCACACAGGCCAGAAACCUGAUCAGUCUAGUGAAUUUAAGAAAUAUUUCAGUGAUGUCUCCAGCCUUGAUCUUCAUCAACAAACACACUCGGGAGUGAAGUCUCAUACAUGUCGUGAGUGUGGAAAAAGCUUCUGUUACAGCUCAGCACUUCAUAUUCAUCAGAGAGUUCAUCUGGGAGAGAAACGCUACAAGUGUGAUGAGUGUGGUAAGGAAUUCAGCCAGAGCUCAUGUCUUCAAACUCAUCAGAAAGUUCACACUGUGGAGAAGCCAUUCAAAUGUGAGAAGUGUGGGAAUGGCUUCUGUCGUAGAUCAGCACUUAAUGUUCAUUAUAAAUUGCACAUGGAAGAGAAACCUUAUAAUUGUGACCAGUGUGGAAGGGCGUUCAUUCAUGCUUCACAUCUUCAGGAACAUCAGAGAAUCCACACUGGGGAGAAACCCUUCAAAUGUGAUAAAUGUGGUAAGAGUUUCCGACGUAGAUCAUCACUUAAUAGUCAUUGUAUGGUGCACACAGGAGAAAAACUGUACAAAUGUGAGGAGUGCGGGAAGUGUUUCUUUUGUAGCUCAAAUCUUCAUAUCCAUCAGAAGGGCCACACACGAGAGAAACCUUAUAAAUGUGAGGAGUGUGGGAAGGGCUUCAUUCAGCCUUCACAUUUUCGGGCCCAUCAGAGAAUCCAUACUGGAGAGAAACCAUAUGUAUGCAAAGUGUGUGGUAAAGGCUUUACUAUGAGUUCAAAUCUUCAGGCACAUCAGAGAGUCCACACAGGAGAGAAGCCAUACAAAUGCGAUGAGUGUGGGAAGAACUUUGGUACAAAAACCCGUUAUCAAGUUCAUCUGGUAGUCCACACGGGAGAGAGACCCUAUAAAUGUGAGGUAUGUGGGAAGGACUUCAGUCAGAGAGCAUAUCUUCAAUCCCAUCUGAAGACCCACAGCAUAGAGAAACCUUACAAGUGUGAGGAGUGCGGGCAGGGCUUCAAUCAGAGUUCCCGACUUCAGAUUCACCAGCUGAUCCAUACUGGUGAGAAACCACACAAAUGUGAAGAGUGUGGGAAGGGAUUCAAUCGUAGAGCAGAUCUCAAAAUUCAUUGCAGAAUCCACACAGGAGAGAAACCAUUUAAUUGUGAGGAAUGUGGGAAAGUAUUCAGGCAGGCUGCAAAUCUUCUGGCCCAUCAGAGAAUCCAUAGUGGAGAGAAACCAUUCAAAUGUGAGGAGUGUGGGAAGAGUUUUGGUCGCAGUUCACACCUUCAAGCCCAUCAGAAAGUCCACACGGGAGAAAAGCCAUACAAAUGUGAGGAAUGUGGGAAGGGCUUCAAAUGGAGCUUGAAUCUUGACAUGCAUCAGAGGGUCCACACAGGAGAGAAACCCUACAAGUGUGGGGAGUGUGGUAAGCACUUCAGUCAGGCCUCAAGUCUGAAGGUUCAUCAGAGUGUUCACAGUGAAGAGAAACCAUACAAAUGUGAUGUGUGUGGCAAGGUCUUCCGCCACUCUUCGCAGCUGCAGUCUCAUCAGCGGGUUCACACAGGGGAGACACCUUACAAGUGUGAGACGUGUGGUCAGAGCUUCCGUUGGCGAUCAAAACUUUCACAUCACCGCAAAACUCAUGGUGGCAAUACAUUUUAUGAAAGUAAGAAGAGUGGUAAGAACAUCAAAGAAUCAUCAGAAAGAAGUUCUCCAAAAUGA